AAUAAAAAAAAUGCUUCCUCUCAAUUUUCUCCUUUUCCUCAAUUUCCUCCUCCUCAAUUUCCCCCUUCCUCCGCCGUUUCCUCCGCCACCGUCCGCCGCCUCGACGACACCACCGUCCCACCCCCCCGCCGACCCCACCGUCAAGUGCUCCCCAAUGCGAACAGAACCCUCCAUCUCCGCCCGCCGCCGGUGGUCUACCCCUCGCCCCCGCCGCCGUCUCCUCCGCCGCGAUGUCCUCCCCUACUACUCCCCCCACCCCCCAAGAAGAAGGAGCCCAAGACCCCCAACUGCCUCUCAACCCCGCCCUCUCCGUCCUUCAUGUACAUAACCGGCCCUCCUGGCGACCUCUAUCCUAUCGACCAGAAUUAUAUUUCCGCCGGCCGGAGAUCCAUCGCCGCCGCGGCCUCCGCCGUGGUUGGGCUUGUUCUAGCGGGGCUUCUGUUGGUUUAAAUCUGUGGGAUCUCAACCCAAUUUCUCGUAAGGUAAGACUAAAUUCCCGUACGAGAUUUUCUUAAAUUUCGGAUAUUGUUUUAGAAUUUUUAUGGAUCAUCAUCAUUUUCUUGUCCAAUAAUUUUGUAAUUUGUACUAAAUAUUUAAUUGUCCAGAAAUUUAUGAUCAUAAAAAGAAAAUUUAUGUGUUUUUGUUUAGCAAUUUA